GAAAUGGAACAGCCAGGCUUGCUGUCAGGCCAAGGGGAGGGCAAUUGUCCCCUCCGCAAGGUAAUGCUGCUCUGCUGAGAAAACCUGAAGUCACCCUCGGCAUGCCCCGAGCCUGGCCCUGGGAGGAGCCAGCCCUUUAUAGGCACAGGGCUGCUCCGCGUUAACACACCCUCUGCCUCCUUCCUUCCCCCCAUCCCUGCAGGCUCUGCUAAUGAGGGCCUGUCACGGGGCCCCAGGGCUGAGUCACCCACACCAGCAACAGGCCUCUUCCUUCCCCAGCAGUUGUUCCACACGCCUGCCUUUCAAUUAGCUCCCACCUCCCGGAGCUCCUCACCCCACACCCACGGGGGCUGCCCGCGAGGACGCAGGGCGUUGGGCUGUGGAGGAAGAGGCGGCAGCGUGGUGACACACAAAGCAGGGCUGCCCCAGAUGGUCCCCAGAGGAAUGUUACGCUCCCCGGUGCCCUGGGGCGUUGCCGCUGCCCCAAUCCCUGCCUGCGGAUGCUGCAAUUACCUCAGAGCAUGAGACCAGCCUUCCACCUGACUGAGUCAGCCGAAGACAACAACACAUCUCCUCCGCCACACACUGGCACAAACAGCCAAGCCACUAAUCAGUCUGGGAGCCAGCGGCGGAGAGGCCGGCCCCCCGCAGGGCCAGGGAGAGGGCGAGGAGCCCGGCACUGGGCAAGAGGAGCCACCUCAGAUCGCGCCACAGCUGCCCUCGCUCCGGCUCCACGGAGUGGAGUGCUGUUUCUUCCUCCUGGGGUUUUUCCACUGCCCUAUCAAGUAACCAGGCCACUCCUGUCCCUCUGGGAGACUCCCGUCGCCAGGAACUCUCAGCUUUUUCGGCUCUCCUGGACACGCGGCCGAAGGUCCCUGCUGAGCAGAAACCCGGAGGCCUCUGCUUCUGCCAGCGAAGGCUGCCUCCCUGAUUCUCGCCGUUCACUGCUCCAGCGGGACCAGAUGGCCCCCAGCUGCCCUUGAACCGGGCUUCUGAGGUACCAGGCUUGUCUGCUGGCUCCCCGGGGCCCCAUGGAGACCUGGCAGAAAGGCUCCUUCUGCAGCACCUCCUUCUUCAAGGGGCUGAGCAUGCGGCGGCCGCGGAGACUCCGGCGACAGGGCAGCGUGCUCAGCCAGGCCAGCACGGCUGGAGGGGACCACGAGGAGUACAGCAACCGAGAGGUCGUCCGGGAGCUGCGAGGGAGGCCAGAUGGCCGGCGCCUGCCACUGUGGGGGGACGAGCAGCCCCGGGCCACCCUGCUGGCCCCGCCCAAACCCCCGCGCCUCUACCGAGAAAGCUCCAGCUGCCCCAACAUCCUGGAGCCCCCAUCCACCUACGCCGCAACCUACUCUGCCACCCUGCCCUCCGCGCUCUCCCUGGCGGACGCCCUCCACCAAUACUCCGAUGAGGACCCUUUGGAUAUGCCCCCCUUCCAGAGGACACCUGCUCCGGACCUCAGUGAUCCCUUCUUCUCCUUCAAAGUGGACCUGGGGGUUUCACUUCUUGAGGAAGUUCUACAGAUGCUGAGGGAGCAAUUUCCCAGUGAGCCCAGCUUCUGAAUGGGGGGAGGGUGGGCAGAGGUGGGUGAAAG